AUGGAUGUAGAAACUGCUUUCUUGAAUGGAAAGAUUAACACGGAGGUAUAUGUCAAUCAACCUAAAGGCUUUGAAGAUGGUACAAAACGGGUGUAUAAAUUAAUGAAAGCAUUAUAUGGUUUAAAGGAAAGUCCUAGAGACUGUAAAAGUGAAGGGAAAAUACAAAGUGUUAAAAAACUCCUGUCAGAUAGAUUUAAAAUGAAGGACCUAGGUAGAAUAAGUGAAUAUCUUGGUAUUGAGAUAGAAUAUGAUUACCACAAAAGUGAAAUGAAUCUAAGUCAAACAAAAUAUAUUGAGGCGUUAGCAGAGAAAUAUAGAAUACAAGACAGUAAACUAUAUAAUACACCUAUGGAAAUAAAUCUAAAGAUUGAAAAGGCUGAAUUAUGUGAAGUAGACAUUAAGUAUAGAAACUUGAUUGGUGCUUUGUUGUAUAUAAGUGCGAAAACUCUGAGGGAUAUCAUCUGCUCAGAGCCUUUGCUGCAAUUUCCGAGCUUUUCGCAACCGUUUCUCGUCACUACCGACGCCUCUGAUUUUGCCGUAGAUGCCAUUCUUAGUCAAGGACCAAUUGGGAAAGAUCUUCCAGUCGCGUAUGCUUCGAGGGUUCUAAAUGAUGCAGAGAUUAAUUAUUCAACUAUAGAGAAGGAAUUAUUAGCAAUUCUAUUUGUGGUCGAACAUUUUAGACCUUACUUGUAUGGUCGGCAGUUUAUGUUGAUUACGGAUCAUAGACCUUUAGUGUGGUUACACAAUGUUAAGAAUCCUGCAUCUAAAAUAAUGAGGUGGCGCAUUAGAUUAAAUGAAUAUGAUUACACUGUGGUUUACAAACCUGGAAGGGUUGAUGCCAACGCGGACGCUCUCUCACGAAAUCCGGUCAACGCUAAUCCCAGUCCUAAUCCUCAAUCACAAACCGUAAGGUCUAGCAUGGAUUCUAAUUCCGGUUCACGGGGUCUGGAAGGGGUGCUCAUUUGCGCAGAUGAGAUACCAAUUGCAGGUUCUGAAACGGCCGGAAUGGAUGAAAUGCUGUUUGUCGAAAAUGAGUUACUUGUGGCUACUGCAUUCCUAGCGCGCAGGAAGGCAGCAGCUGAGCAAAACGAGGUCACUAGUAGAAUGCAAAAGAAUUUGAAUUUGGAAACGUUGUCAUCAGGAAGUUCAUGUAAAACUAGUAUAGGAUUACCCACUCAAGAAACCUUCGGGCUUGAGGUGCAGCUUGUGCCAUCGCAGGGGUAUGAUCCCCGUGGAAGUGAAAUGUUGUUGUCACCUCGAACGGUAGAUUCGGGUGAGUGUUGUGUUACCACCCCCACCUCGAUCGGUAGAAUCGGGUGGGUGAGUGAUGAGGUCACAGCUGAGUAUGCUGGGCCGGCCGUGAAAUUCCACCCCAGAAGUUACAUGCGGGUGCGGCGCGGUUUUGUGGAUUUGGAAAGAACAUGGAAUUGCCCAGUGUGGCGUGGUUUUGAGGAUAUAAAGGCAGCGGUAACUUGCCCAGUGCGCCACGAUUCGCGCUAUGCCGGGUUGACUAGCGUGGAUUUACGCGCUUCUCCCGAGCAAAGUCCAGCGUGCGUGGGUACGCGCUUACACGAUGCUUGUUUUGUGGAGUCAGAUGAGCUAUUAAAUUGCUCAGUGCGCCACGAUUCGCGCUAUGUCGGAUUGUCUAGUGUGCAUUUACGCGCUUCUUCCGAGCAAUGCCUAGCGUGCGUGGAUACGUGCUUACACGUUACCUGUUUCAAGGAGUAUGCUGUUUCACAAAUAAGACCGGUAGAGUCGGGCAAGGUAGUUGCAAUUGAGCGUGGGCAAGCUUGCACAGGGCAUCCUAGGGGGGUAGUGACCUCGGUAGAAAUUUCUGGAAAGAAACAAGGGGCAGUGGUAAAUUCUGAUAAUGUAAAUAGUAAGACUGAUAGUCAAAGUAAAGUUUUGAUCGGUAAUGUGGAUAAUGAAAUAGAUAGAUCUACGGUAUCCAAUUCCUCCUUACCUGCUAUAUUUAAUGUAGAAGAUAAUCUUUUUAUGCGUCAAGACAACCUUGUUCAUUUUAUUCCCUUAAGUUGUAAUGAUACUUCUCAGACCACUGUGGGAUUACUAAGUCGAAUUGGGUUUUCGUCGGAUCAGAUGCAGCAAUAUCACAUUGAGCUUGGCGAUGCCAUGGUUUUCCCGCAUGAUAAAUAUUCUGUCUACCUAUUGUUUUACAAAAUCGAACCUCAGGAUGAAUUAGAUUUUAGCCAUGUCGAAUCAUCUUUAAAAUCGUUAAAAACACUUCUCGACACUUUGGGUUCUAAAACCUUCAGUCUUUUAGUAGAUUCAGAUAGGUUUAAUGCUUCUGAGCGGAAUGAUAUCACGGGAUUACUCAAGCAAAUUUUCAAUAACUCAGAAUACGUAAUUACUUUGUGUGCUGGUGAGGUUGAAGUCCCGCUAAGGUCAAGACGAUCGCAGAUUAUCCAAGAAUAUCAUGAUUCGGUAGUAGGAGGCCAUAGAGGAAGUUACAAAUUGUAUCAGCUUAUUCGUGAACGUUUCUAUUGGCCAGGCAUGGCGAAGGAAAUAGCAGAGUUCGUUCGAUCCUGUCCAAGUUGCCAAAAGAAUAAGAAUUAUUCCACAAAAAUCAAACAGCCGAUGUUAAUUACGGAUACUCCUCGAAAGGCUUUUGAAAAGGUUCAAAUGGACAUAGUUGGACCACUUCCUGUAACUAAUAAAGGCAAUCAGUAUUUACUCACUAUACAGGAUAAUCUUACAAAGUAUUCUGAUGCAAUACCCAUAGGAACUAUAGACACGGUAACAGUUGCUCAUGCACUUGCCGAGCAAUUCAUCAGUAGGUUCGGUUGCCCACGAGUAAUUCACACUGACCAGGGGAGGAAUUUUACCAGUCAAGUGAUGAAGAAUUUUUGUAGGAUUUUCAAGAUACAAAGAAUAACUUCUACAGCUUUCCAUCCACAGUCGCUAGGUUCUCUAGAAAGGGCACACCGAAGUUUCAUUAAUUACCUUAAGCAUUAUUGCACCGAAAGGAAUUGGGAUGAUUGGAUAAGAUUUUGUAUCUUCUCAUAUAAUACCUCUGUACAUGAGGCUACAGGCUUUACUCCUCAUGAAUUGGUUUUUGGCGUUAAGGCCAACAUACCUUCUGAAUUUGCCAAGGGGCAAGCACCUAGAACCUUUACACAGCAUUUUGAUGAACUCUUUACUAAAAUUACCACCACACAGUCUACUGCAGCUUGUAAUCUGGAAAAAGCAAAGCAAAGGAGCAAAAAUUAUUAUGAUAGAACGCUUAAUCCGUGUAAAUUUAAUGUAGAUGAUGUUGUAUAUCUGCUUAAAGAGCCCAGAAUUUCGAAAUUUGAUUGUGAUUGGAUAGGCCCUUAUAGAAUAAAUAGAAUGUUUAAUGAUUUAACAGCGGAAUUGGAAUUAUGAAAAAAUAAA